AUGAACGCUUUUGGCUUGAUACAAAUUGGCCUCAUACUGUUGAGCACUACCACCAUCUCCAGUCUGCAGUGUAAUCACCUUCCUUUACAGCAAAGAAAAGUGAUCGAGAACAGCCUGCAACUUUUGGACAAAAUGGGCAAAAAGUUUCCUCAACAAUGUCAAAGAGAGAAAAUGUCCUUCAGAUUUCCUGAGCAGGUUCUAAAGCCCAGACAGAAAGAGACUGUCAAAGUGGUCAUUGAAGAGAUCUUCCAACACAUCUUCUAUAUCUUUAGCAAGAAUCUGACUCUAGCUGCUUGGGAUGGGACAGCUUUAGAACAAUUCCAAAAUGGACUUUAUCAGCAAAUUGAGCAAUUGGAGGCAUGUGCACUCAAGAAGCAGACCCACUACUUUCAGAGUAAAGAAGUCAACAGGCUGAAACUGAAAAAGUACUUCAAAAAAAUAGACUGUUUUCUUAAAGACAAACAACACAACCUGUGCUCCUGGGAGAUCAGCCGUGCAGAAAUGAGGAGAUGUCUUCAAUUGAUUGAUAAAGUCAUAAGGAAGCUUAACAACUAA